AUGUCAUCAUCCUCGUCAUCAUCUACUGCUUGUCCGGAUUCGGAUGGAGUGGUGGGUGUCGAAAGCGGAGGCAAGGCAUUGCCUGAGGGUGAACAAGACCCAAUGUAUGAAGGUGAAGAAGAAACAAGCCUCCUUGACAAGGAAAGGGGUGGAACAAUAGACAUAGUUGAAGACCACGAUGAUCAUUUUUUUGUUCUGGCGAAGCAUGAAGAUGAAGUCGGUGUUUGCGAGAAACAACCUCUCGAAGUUGAGGACGUCGAAAAUGAUGUUGACAUGCCGAACGCACUAUUUACUCCAGAGCCUGCGCAAACUCCAGAGCAUGUGCCCUCCAGUGAUGAGACAAUAACUCCCAGUCGUGCUCGUGCUCCACCAGUCGUGCCACAGCAAGCACCCAAAGUCAAUUACGCCGAACUCUACGCUUUAGAUUUUCCGGGUUUGAUCGAAACAUGGGAUCAGCAAAUGACGCUCGAGCCACCUCCAUACCAAUUCAUAUGGCGCAAUCACGUUGAACGAGGCUUGUAUAUUGGGGAUCGGAAGGCUGCAAGAUUGGGCUCGGAUUUGGUGUCUUGUGGCCAUGGACAGCCGAGCUCGCAGAGUCUUAGCGGUGACGGAGGUUCGACAACUGCAUCUUCAAGUCCGAAAACGUCUCCUCAGAUGGGUUCGCAACGUCCUUUUGAGCCUCCUUGCUUAGAAGGCAUCGAUUUGCCCGAUUGGGUCGAUAUGGCUUCUGUGGUGCGAGGUCAGAAGCUGUGGAACAAACACAUGAUGCGAGCCGCGAUGUCGCUGGGGAUGUCUUUGCUCAUAGGUUUUAGUGUCGCUCGGUUUUCCGAGAUUCUAGAAUUCUCCGGUUACAGUUCGAGUCCAGAAGCAGCUGUGUUGAGGUAUCGGCAGACGUUUUUCAGAUGGUUGGACUGGUUUCGAUUUCAGGACUUGGAGAAUCCGGAAUCGAAUGGAAGGAAAGCAGCAUUUGCGGUUAGAAGGAUCCAUGAAUUCGUGAGACGGAAAGUGACGGAAGCUCAGAAACAAUAUGCGAGUGAUCAAAUAGCGGAGAACUGCUACAAGAACUUUGAGGAAACGACUACAGCUUCUAGAAUUGGAGGAAAUCUGCAUGGAGGAGGUGUUCGUGACAACAACAUUGAUGGGAUUCCAUACGGCGCAAGACCAGACCCAAGGUCCGUAAACACUAGGGGCGCUCAAUCCAAUGCAGCAGCAGCUGGACCAGGAUCAACUUCAGACCGCACGCCAGCGAGGCGAGGGAGCGCUUCCUCCUAUUGUAAACGACAACAAGGUGGGAUAAGUAUGGGCGGCCGUGUCACAGCUCAAGCGCGCGGACGAGUGUCCACGUCUGAAAGAUAUUCGUACUACAACAGUAGGGCAGGACCAAAUGGAACCAAUCCAGGAGCAUCGGACCAAGGAAGGAGUGCGACGGGGAUGAUACGUGGAGGUACACUUGGUCCCUCUUCAACGGGAACAGCAAGUAGAGGCGGAGACAGAAAUCACAUGAAUCCUUACUUUGGGUCUUUGAGUGGUGAUGGCUCAGGAUCCUCGCCACAUGCUUAUGGUAAUGCGCAGGACCGGCCUUUUGGUAAAAAUGGGAAUGCGCCUCCAACUGCGACCUCUUCAUCAUCAAGUAAUGGUAAUCGAAAUAGAACUCCUUCAACGUCGCCAUGGUCCCCUGGAACGGCUGCAGGAACAAACACAAAUGAGAUCAACAAGCAAAGAGUUAGCGCAACAGGUAUUUCACCCUCAUCAUCUACUACAAUUGCAGACUCGCCGAGAAUUCCAAGUUCUCUAAGCACGUCGUCUAGCUCAAGCGGAGGCGAGCAGUCACCUCUACCUUUAGGAUCUCCAAAAAAUGACCCUACUACUACAACAACAACGUGUCCUAUGUCUGGAAAAAAGGCCGGAGACGGUCAGUGUCCAGCAUCUAGUUCGUCUUGUCGAACCAAAACAAGUCGCGCAGCAUCUUUACGUCAUCCGAUCGGACGGUUAUGGGAUGCUACUGCCGGAGUACCACUGAGUCAAUACGAUUUGGCGGAGGUACAAUUGGUCUUUUCGGGUCUCUGCUUGAGUAUUUUUGACAAUGAGAUGAACUUUAACCCCUUGGAAGACAUCGAAGUCACUGUGGGCACUCGAAAGAAGAAGAAACGUGGUAAGCCUUCGCUGCUUACUCCGCAGGAGAAGCAGGACAUGGUUCAUUGUUGGAGAUUUUUGGGCUUUCUGCUUGGCAUAGAGGAUGAAUUCAACGUCUGCGAAAGCGUGGAGAAAAUGGAGCUAUACGUAGAAGAAUUCCUGAUAUUCAUGCCACAGAGACUGCGGACAGCCAGAGUGAGCGCAUUUCAUUUGAGAGAUGCAGCAAUCACUGGUUUCGGGCAAUGGGCGGGACUAGGGAGUGGCUUCUACGAGGCCUUGUUUCUGACGGCGUGUAGAAGUUCCAGGUUGACAGGAGGAGGAAACCUGUAUUCAGGAGCAGGACUUGCCUGUCGUCGGAUGAAGAUGGACGAACAGCCGCGAAACUUGGAAGACUGGAGUUCCUCUAGCAAGGACGAAGACUCGACAGGAGAAAAAAGCACAGCUGGAGCCGUUCUCAAGUUUUUCGCUGGGUUUGGAAAACUACUGCUGGAAAGUAGAAUGUUCUCCGAGAGAACGCAACAGCAAACCUGCGAGUUAACGCGUGACCGUAGUGGCUUCUAUUUCGACGAUCCUUUGCUGGAGCAAAGAUGCGGACACCGCUACCGUGAUUUCACAGAACUGGAUUGCAAAGCAACAAAUAAUGUGGCGCUGAAUCCAGCGAGGAAGAGCAGUAGUCUCGGAUUACUCACCUCGCUCCAAGCCCAAUAUACCGCGUACUCCCGAGGUUUGCAACUAGCAGCAGCAAGGUGUUAUUUGAACGCCAUGUGCUCUCUUGAAAUCGACAUAGAUUUGAUAUCGGAGAAACGCGAUCUUGUGUAUUCAGAUCCAGAAGGUGCUAAUGCUUUGCUUCGUCGUAACAGAAGGGUUGCGAUGAUAGUAGACGCGAUGAUUUGGUCAAAACUGCCUUUGUGGGCAGUUGGCUUGCCAACUUUGAUGGCAGCGGGAGUGGCGCAAGCUGGAAAGAGCGCAGUGGGGAAAGUGAAAGACAUGAGAAGAUGCAACGAACAAAAUGGCGCAGGUGCAGGUGGCAUGGUCUCCUGCUCAAGAAGUACCACAAUAUCAUGGGUCGCAGUGGGUGCAUUAGGUGCCUCGACUCUAGCCGGCCUCCUGAUGCUGUAUGUUUCCAGGAAGACCGAUAAGAAAACAUUCCCUGCGCUGCCGACGGAUGAAGAGAAAGAUAAGAAGAACUUCCAGACAACUGAUGAAAAAGACCGUGGAGCCGGUAAGCGGGGCAGCCUCCCAUGUUGGAUGUAAAAUGUUAAAAUUUGAACUCAAUAGAGCAUGCUAAAAGAUUGAUUUUCCUUUUGACGUAACUAUGAU